AUGUUGUUUGAAGUGAGUGUUUGUUUGCAGAGUCUGGAUGCAAUCUACUUGGUGGCACCGACGAAAGAUUCAAUUGAAAAAUUGAUCGCUGAUUUUGCACAUGGUCGUAAUCAGUACAAAUGUGCUCAUGUCUUCUUUACUGAAGCGUGUCCGGAUCAAUUAUUUUCGACGUUGACGAAGAGUGCGAUUGCAAAAUACAUCAAAACAUUGAAAGAAAUCAACAUCGCCUUCACUCCUUACGAAUCUCAGGUGGGUUGCAUCGUAUUGUUUAUAUCACAAAUGUUAGUUGAUAUGGUUUUGGCUGGAUGUGAGCGUAAUAAGGUUCAUACAUUAACAGUGAUUUAG